GGUGCCGUGGUUGUAAUUGUCUUUCGCUCCGAUAAUCACAACUGGAAUAAUUCUAUUAACCUUUUGUUUACGUUGAUCCCUAUCUUAUCCCCAGUAUAUAUUGUUAGCUCAUCCCUCAGUCAUUAUGGCAAAUCAGAACACACGAAACGAUCAGUAUAGGGCUGCAGAUAUUAUUAAUGUGGGCCACUGGGCUGGAUUCAAUCUCGCUUCCAUCCGCCAACAGUUUGGUGUGGUUUUGGCGCAAGCACGGAUCGCAGACGAAUUAGUAAAUCCCUUUCCUCCUCGGCCAAUCAACUUGGAAACUGCUGUUCGAUCCUGUAUCGACGCUUAUCUGACUAACUGGAUAACAUGUGUAUUUCGCUGUGGCUUUGUGCCGAACCGCGUCCCAGGCGAUAUUAAACCCUUAUACAAGUGGUCACUUGCUCAAAGAAACGGGCCCCGUCCUAGUGUUUAAAAUGAAUUUAAGCAGGUCUUGUCUCAAGUUAAUUUCUAUAUGAAACA